AUGUCUGGCGCGGAACCCGGUCCCAGCCGCGCUAGGCUGUCAGGUCUGGCUUCACCAUCAGCCAAGCAGAGCCACUUCGACUCUUCAGCCGUCCCACCACCGUCGCCGGCCACGGCCAAUCGCAUCAACCUCGUCACCUAUGGCCAGUCCACCAUCAAGGCUCUGAUUGACCCAAGCUUGCCCGUGCAGGACGUCAUCCGUCAGCUCUGCGCCAAUGCUCAUCUCGGAGUACAAGAGCCACCAGCGCUGUUCGCUCUCAGAGACGACGACGACGAUGAGCUCAUUGACGAUGCCAAUAUGGCCAAAAAGAUCGAAGCCGGCGCAAACUUCAAAUUGUGCUCGUCUCCCACCAUCGAGGCGGUCGACAUGGUGGAUAAGCUCAGCUCACGCGACGACAGGGUUCUCAAGAUGGCCACUUACACGCUGCAGAGGCUCAUCCGAGAGACGCCUUUCACAGACGAAUUCGUCGCCCGAGGAGGCGUCAAGGAGCUCCUGAAUGUCAUUCGCAACCAUUCGUCAGGAAACACAUUGGCAUAUGCCCUGACCAGCUGUCAAAACCUCAUGGAAGGCUUCGAGUAUGGAUGGGAGAUCAUCGACAACACCUUUGUCGCCAAAGUGGUGGGGUUGCUGGUGGCUCAGGAGCGCAUCAACGUCUGUCGACCUGCCACCGCCAUUCUCAAGAAGCUCGUCGUCUCUGGUCCGCAAGACUCGCCCAAGACGGGCCGUGUGGUUACGGAUGGUCGCGAUGCCGCAGCUUCGUCCGCUCCUGCCGUCUAUCGCUACGGCUUCGACUUCAUCUACACCGAGAUCCAGCGCGAACGGCUCUUCCUGCAAACCCUGGUCAACCGUCUUGGCAGCUCAGACACGACGCUCAAGCUAUACAGCUUGAGUCUGAUCAACAGCCUUCUGCGCAACGUCUCGGACGACUUGUUCGAGAGCUUCACGUCGGAACUCGAAAAGCUGCACGCCUCCAAAGCUGUAGCCUGGCUGAUGGACUCAAGUCGAGGAGAUGAGCUGGCCUCGUCCAUUCUCGAGUAUCAGAGCAACGUCAUCCGAGCAGCACACCGCCGUAUGCGCACAGUCGUCACUCCCACCGACAAGCGACAUGCUCACGCGUUGUCCUACGUUUGGCUGCAGGCCAGGAUCAGCGAUGUUGUGGUGCCCAAUCCUGCCGCAGUGCAGAACAGUCCGCCCAAGAAUGGGCCAAGAACCUCGUCGGGCACCACGACUCGACACAAAUGGCGACGCAUCGGAUUUGCGUCCGAGUCCGCUGCCAAGGAGUUUGGACGUACGGGCUGGCUAGGUCUGUCGUGUCUCGAGUCGUUCGUCCGUUCUGAUCCAGACCUCUACUCGAAGAUCAUUCAGGAGCAGAUCAACCGACCCGAGGAGCGACGCUGCAUGUUUGCGCGAGCCUCGAUUGAAGUCACUUCCAUCCUCGCCGAUCACUGGGCCAUCGAAUCUGGCUCGUACGCGACUUCGACCACGUACCUACCCUACCUGCUGUCUUUCUCCAAGGUGCAUCAUCUGGCGCUGCGCUUCUUCCUGCGCAUGUGGAACGAGUCGGGAGCGGCUGCCUCCGACUUUUCGCGCGUGUCGGCUCUGGUGCGCAGCCAAGUGGACGAGGCACUGGGCCAGCAAGAUGAGACGAGUCGCACAUGGGCCGAAGUCGAGGACGCGUUCUUGCAUUCCGAAUACCGCACCGUGCGGGAUCGACAGAUGAAGGAGCUCGAAGUGGACGAGGACCACAGCUCCAAGGCGUCGAUCCGCAAUCUGCGCGGACGAAUCUACAGGGAGAGCUACGAGUUUGUGCGUCAGCAGCGCAUUCGAUGCUUGCUCGAGGGUGCGUGGUUCCGCAAUGCUACGGUGUCGAACGUCAGUGCGAUCAGCAAUGGCAGCAAGCAGCACAGGAAAUCGACGAGCACCGUCGAUACUGCUGUACCAGCCACUCGCAGCGCAGCAAAUGGCGCAUCGGCCAAGACCAAGCCGUGGCGAUUCUACCGGCUGGCUCCCAACAAGAAGUUCCUCUACUACUGCGACUCAUCAGAGCGCUUCCCGAUCCGUGGCGGCCUGGACGAUCUGCCGGAGCGCAUUGACCUCAGCCUGGUCACUGAGGUCUCGCAGAAUGGCGGUGCUGGCGAGACGACUGCUGCAGGUGGGGCAAAGGCAGGCGGCGACCUGGUGAUCAGCCUGCUCCAGUCGCCCGAAGCCAGCCUGGCCGAGAUGCAAGCGCUCAACGCGAGUCAGUUCUCGGAAUGGACCGACGGGCUCAACAUGCUGCGUGGCGAAGGUGGCGUGAUCAGCACGCGUGAGACGGCCGACUUGAUCCAAACGCUCACGGAGAUUGGAAUCAAGGUCAAGCUGCUUGAUCUUACAGGAGAGCAGAUUGAGCUGCCGGCGAGCGUGCAGCCGCCUGCGCUGCCGUCGACGACGGAGUUCUUCUUUGCCGAACUGUAG